AGAGGACGGCCGGGCCUGGAUAAGAGUAUCUGGUCGGACCUGUUGCUCCCCAGUUCCGUGUUGUGCAAUGGACGGGUGAGUUCAGCGACACAGAGCUAUAACAUCUGUAUCUUUAAUGUGUCUCUAAUGUAUCCGCAGGGGCGUUCAUCUGGACCAACAGGAUAGUUAUAAUAGUGAUUAGAGUGCUAAUAACAGUGGUAAUAACAGUGGUAAUAGGAGUGGUGGGAGUGGAUCCGGUCUCUUCUCUUCCUCUUCCUGCUGCAGGACUCUUCUCUCUGGAUCGGCCUUCCCCUCGAUAUCACAGCUGGUACCAAGAUGCCUCUGGCACCAGCGUUCCGAGUUGCAAGUGGGGAAAUCUCCCAGCUUUCUUGUGGCAUUUCACGGAGGCACGCCCCCUUUUGGUCGGACCCCCUCGGAAUCCUGAGAGUAGACCGAAGAGGAUCUGAAGAGCUUUUCUCCUGCGUUCCUCCAGCUCCUCCUAUCAUGAGCUCCCCAGCCAAUGGCAGUGACAGUAAGAAGUUCAAAGUGGAGGUGCGUGGCGGCGUGGCGGCGGGGGCCGGCUCUCUGAGUCGCGUGCUGCACGUCAGGAAGCUGCCGGGAGACGUGACGGAGCCGGAGGUCAUCUCCCUGGGGCUGCCGUUUGGGAGCGUCACCAACCUGCUGAUGCUGAAGGCCAAGAACCAGGCCUUCAUCGAGAUGAGCUCGGAGGAGGCUGCUCAGACCAUGGUCUCCUACUACUCCUCCGUCACACCCGUCCUCCGGCACCACCCGGUCUACGUCCAGUUCUCCAACCACAAGGAGCUCAAGACCGACAACUCCCCCAACCAAGUGAGAGCCCAGGCGGCGCUGCAGGCCGUUCUGGCUUCCCAGGGGGGGGUCCACGGCCCCCAGGGGGGGGUCCACCCCUCCCAGGGGGGGGUCCACCCCAUGGCCGGCCUGGAGGUCCCGGGGAUGGGGCCCAGUCCGGUGCUGAGGGUGGUGGUGGAGAACCCCUUCUACCCCGUCACCCUGGACGUCCUGCACCAGAUCUUCAGUAAGUUCGGGACUCUGCUCCGGAUCAUCACCUUCACCAAGAACAACCAGCUGCAGGCUCUGCUGCAGUACCCCGACGGCAUGACGGCCCAGCACGCCAAGCUGUCUCUGGACGGGCAGAACAUCUACAACGCCUGCUGCACGUUGAGGAUCAGCUUCUCUAAACUCACCAGCCUCAACGUCAAGUACAACAACGACAAGAGCCGAGACUACACCCGACCGGACCUCCCCUCUGGGGACCCCCAGCCCGGCAUGGAGCACCAUGCCAUGGCCUUCACUCCUGGUCUCAUCUCAGCCUCCCCCUACGGAGGCCCCGCCCACGCCUUCUCCCCGGCCUUCACCAUCCAGCAGACAGGUCUGACGGUUCCAGGUCUCCAUGGAGGUCUAGCAUCGCUGGGGUUGCCGACGGCGACCGGGCGUCUGGCGUUCUCCACCCUCCCAGCGGGCCACUCCGUCCUGCUCAUCAGCAACCUCAACCCUGAGAGAGUCGCGCCACACUGCCUCUUUAUUCUCUUCGGGGUGUAUGGGGACGUGGUGAGGGUGAAGAUCCUGUUCAACAAGAAGGAGAACGCUCUGGUGCAGAUGGCUGAUGGGACCCAGGCCCAGCUCGCCAUGAGCCACCUGAACGGCCAGCGUCUGUACGGGAAGGCGGUGCGCAUCACGCUCUCCAAGCACAGCAGCGUGCAGCUGCCACGCGAAGGCCACGAGGACCAGGGUCUGACCAAGGACUACGGCAGCUCCCCGCUGCACCGCUUCAAGAAGCCCGGCUCCAAGAACUACUCCAACAUCUUCCCCCCCUCCUCCACCCUGCACCUGUCCAACAUCCCCCCCUCGGUGGUGGAGGAGGACCUGAAGAUGCUGUUCUCCAGCUCGGGGGCCCUGGUGAAGGCCUUCAAGUUCUUCCAGAAGGACCACAAGAUGGCGCUAAUCCAGAUGGGCUCGGUGGACGAGGCCAUCGAGGCGCUGAUCGAGUUCCACAACCACGACCUGGGGGAGAACCACCACCUCCGGGUGUCCUUCUCCAAGUCCUCCAUCUGAGGACCUGGGGGAGAACCACCACCUCCGGGUGUCCUUCUCCAAGUCCUCCAUCUGAGGACCCCCAGACCAGCCUUCUAAAGACCCCCCCCCCUUGGACCAGCCUUCUGAGGACCCCCCCUCCCCCUUUUACUCAAGGUUCUCCUAUUCAAAGCCCCCCCGGAGACUGAGGGUCUAGGUCCACAUUGGGGGUCCACAUUGGGGGUCCACACUGGGGGUCCUCCUGGGGGUCCUCCUGGGGGUCCUCCUGGGGGUGCUGGCAUGUCGGCCGGUGUUGUAGUGUUUGGUGUGCCCUUGUCGACUCUUCGUUUCUUCUGCAUUCCUUUCUUUAUUCUCGUGUGUCAAUCAUUAUUUAAAUCAAACUAGCUGAAAGUUGAAAUCAUUCCUGAAGCCGGGGGGUGGGGCCCGCCUCCGGCCGGGCCCCGCCCCCCGCCCUCCGGUUGGCUGUCCAUCCUUGUAGCAGUGCCUCUCUCUGAUUGGUCUAUUUAUACGUUUGAUUCAUGACAGCUGAAACCAAAAAGGCCUUGUGGAGCUUCCUGCCCCGGGACCGCCUGGGCCCAGUGGCGGGAGGGGGGGGGGGGUACUGGGCCCAGUGGGGGGGGGGGGGGGGGGGGGGGGGGUACUGGGCCCAGCGGGGGGGGGGAGCCCCUGGAUGCAGAGUGCCUUUAAAGCGGUCCCACCCGGACCACAUGGACCCUGAGCUCGCAGCCAAUCACAGGGCCCGCUGCCCAGCCGCCGGCCCACUGGACAGACGGGGGGGUACAGACGGGGGGGGACAGACGGGGGGGGACUGGUGAAGUGUACAUAAUAAUAAUUAUUGUUUUUUACUAUUGUAGUUCAUUAGAAUAAAUAUUCGUUUUGUAUCCGAUGGAAACGUCUAUUUUGAUUAAAACAUGGGACCACUUCUGGGCGUGGGCCCCGGGUCACGAAACAGGAAAUAAAGAACCUCCCAGA